AUGGUGUAUGCCGACUUGGACGCUUUUGACACUAACAUAAACAACUGUCUCUUUUGGCGAUGGACAACUUAUGGUGCUGGAAAAGGCAACAAAGCCGUAUUAAACAAAUUGGUUAAUUGUGAAGAAAAAAAAGGUCGACUCCAGGGACGCUGUUAUGGCACUCCUUGGCCUACAGAUCCAAUGAAAAGGAAAGAACACAGAGCGCAGUUUGCCGUUUGUUACGACACGUACACACGUAUUCCGAAAUUUACCGGGCACGUGCUUAAACCGGGUGUCUUAGAAGGGGCAAGGGGAUUAGAAGGGGAUUAUGUAUUUCACGCUGAUGCUUCUUUUGGAGGUAAGUAAUUCAACUAAUUAAAGUUUUAUAAUAACUAUUUCUCGCGCACUGAUUAGCUAAUGUUGAUGCGGGAAGUUUGAUACAAAAAAAAUUAAUUUAUGCACGUAGGGUUGUCAAGGCUUGCAGUGGACAGCGCUUAAAAAAAAACCUUACGUCUUUUCAAGUGCGAAUUUUUCUUUUCUAAGUUUCUAUUUCAUUCAAUUUGUUACUACAGUCGAAGCUCUCCUUACGACCACUCUCGUAAGCGACCAGCUCUAGUUUCGACCACCUUUGUGAAACCCCGUUUGAACUGUGACUUAAACUUGUAAUGAAAAGCUCUCGUAAGCGACCGCGACCACUUUUGGGAUUAUUCAAAUAGACUUUUCCUAUGUUUUUAAGCUCUCGUAAGACCACUGAAGGUCUUAUUCAUAAAAACCUACACUUAAAUGAAACUGCACACUGCAGUAAUGGUUCGUUAGUAAACAUCUUGGGGUAUUUUGGUCUAAAAAAUUGGCCGUAAAGUUCAGCUGUGUCUAUAUCAAUUAAGACACUCAUUAAACAUAAAAUUUCUUUUGUUUUUCUUUAUGAAUUAUUCAUGGUUUUUGAAGCUUUGGUAAGCAAGUUCUCUGUUUGUUUGUUUUGUUUGUAUGUUUAAUCUUAUUCUUAUACUUAUAGCUUAUACUUAUAGUUAUAUCUGUUAUAUCUAAAAAAUGUCAGUCUCUCUCACUGACUGUUAAUUUAAUGUCCCUUCUUACUGGAGAAGUAAAAUCUCACCUAAAAAAGAAAUCCUUGAUCGCACGAGCUUCCAGUUGAUAGAAAAAGAUAUCUUAAAGAUGUCAAAAGUGAACCUUUCCUCAUUAGUCUGGAAAAUAAGACAUUUUAAGGGACAGUUUUAGUGUUAGCGUCACCGAUUGCAAAGCUAUUUCCCCAAUUCACUCCAAUUUUCAUUGCCAUUGGUCUCCCAAAUACAAUCCAAAACAAUAUUCCUCAAAGAAACGAGGUCCUGCAACCUCCAAUGUAACUGCUUUCUUAUAUACUUGGAACAUUAACAACAGAGUGUUUCAUUGCUUGCAUGCAAACUGCACAAAAAAACUGCAUCCCAGUUCGGUAACACAUCAAACUUCAAAACAACCUCAGCCCCCUGGAAGUUAACCAGGCUACUCCAAAUGCAUACCAGCUGAUAGCCCUGUGUCUGUGCAACAAGCUGGACCCCACCUCCAUAAAAAAUGUGUUGCCUCAACGGGGGCAACAGGGUUGCCCUGCGGGCUGACCUGUUACCCCCCUUGAACAUUUUUUUUUUCAAGAAUUUGCACUGAUUUCUGUUAGUCUGCAAAACAGUCCGUAUUUUUGCGUAUUCAAGUACGCGCGAGCAGUCAAACAAAAGGUCUGGAACGAGGCUGGAAACAGAGAGCGAGACUGGGGAGAGACGCUAAAAAUACGUUUUUUUUUUCUCGCGCCUCACACGCCCUACGGGCGUGUAAGACUCUUACGCCACCCUUUACCGUUUUGUUUACUGAUUUUGAGAAAAAACCGUCUGUUUUGCAGUCUAAAUUUCUGUCAAUUCCAAUAACUUAUUUGGAGCCCGUGGUCAAGGGCUGAGAAUGGUUAGUCCUGAAGAGGGAGAUUUCAUUUUGACACUAAAAGCAUCUCGGCUUCAGUAAGCAAAUUAUGCUUUGAUAGAUUGUCUGCAAGGACCUGGACUUUACUUCAGAUCACAGUCAACUCGGUUUUCAAAACUCCCGUCAAAACUCCAGGUGACUUAUACUUAUACUUCACAGAUCCAAAGACAAUAGCACAACAUGCUGACUACAAUAUAAACCUCCAAAACAAGCCUGCUAUCAUGCCGAUCAAUUACAAUUCCCAAGGUCAGCAGUUCUGUGCUAGAGGUCAUUUGACUCCAAAUGGGGAUUUCUCAGACCCCCUCGAACGUGAGCGCACCUAUGUAACAACCAACAUUGCACCUCAAUGGCAGCCGUUCAAUGGUGGCAACUGGGCCGUGUUAGAACAAACUAUACGAAAAUGUGCAACUUCAACCAAUCUGUUUGUGUUCACUGGGACAAGUAAGUAAAAAAAAAAAAAAAAAAAUGCAAAUAGAACUCUCGUGACUGAAGGUACAGAAAAUAUACAAUAAACAUAACAAAAACAAGUACCAAACAGUAACAGAUGACGAAAACAAAAAAAUCACCCACAACGAAGAACAAAGGAGAUAAAAAACAAAAAAAAUUUCUCAGCCCCCCCCGAAAGUGAGCGCACCUAUGUAACAACCAACAUUGCACCACAAGGGCAGCCGUUCAAUGGGGGCAACUGGGCCGUUUUAGAACAAACUAUACGAAAAUGUGCAACUUCAACCAAUCUUUUUUUGUUCACUGGGACAAGUAAGUAAAAAAAAAAAAAAAAAAUUGCGAAUGAUAGCUUGUUGUCGUCAGUGUCUUUAACUUUCCUCUAUUUACUAGAAAUACGUGUCCCAUACAGUACCACGUGAAUCCUAUAUAAGGAUGGACCAACAGUAAGAACAAAGGUAAAACAAACAAAAAAAAUUGGAAUAAAAAAAUACAAAGAAACAGCAGCAACAACAAAACAAGGUCUCAGCCGAGAUUCGAGUCCGCCCGCAACGCCCCGUAGGAAAACAAAGAUGUUCGAUGAUAUGGAUAUUCUUAGCAGAUCAGCACUCCUGACCUCUCGCGGUCUAACUUAAAGUAUUUUCCCGAAGAAAUUCUGCCGGAAAACUCCGGUUACAAAAAAUCUAGUCGAGCCGUAACAUUAAAUCAAAGAUAGAUUUCACGAAAAGCACGUUUUUGACGCUGAAAUCCGAACUUAAAUGCAUUACCGUGAUCACGUUUGAGAAACAACGGAGUUGAAAUUUCAUCUUUGCCAGGAUUUAGCGUCUACGAUGUCGAGUCCUCUCACAUUUUAAAAGAAUGAGAAGUGAAGACUGUUCAGUUUCUUGGCGGGGAAUGUAUUUAAUGAACGUUAUUUGGUUCAAGGAUACAUAUAGACGGCAUCUCCAUCUUUCAGGCAGGGGCACCCAACGGCAAUUUUCGGGAAAAUAUCUGUUCGGAAGACGAUUUGAGAACUAGAAUUUUCGGAACAUUUGUUGUAAAAUUUCUUUCUUGCCUGCCUCUCCUAGGAUUUUCGAACAUCUACAAAAUGGUAUAAUUACCCAUUUUAAACGGAUUUUUACCCAAGAAAGUUCACCUAGAAUUUUCGAGAGCCUUUUGGGAGCCAUUUUCUAGAUGUUCGAAAAUCAUAGGAGAGGCAGGCAAGCAAGAAAUUUUACAACAAAUGUUCCGAAAAUUCUAAUUCUCAACUCGUAUUCCGGACACAUAUUUUCCAAAAAUUGACGUUUCUUGCCCAUGAUCUCUAUUACCUGACACAUUAAGGUCUGUUUUCAUUUUUUUCCUUCCUUUUUUCGUUUUUCUUUCUUUUCAUUCUCUUUUAUUUAUAGCGUAUAAAGUUUGAAUGUUCCCACUCGUAUGUUUCAUCGUUAUUUAGGCGACUUUACUCUAGAAACUCGGUUUUAUUUAAGCUUACAAUCCUUGUUUCCUUCGACUCUUGUAGAAAAGUGGUCAAGCCUUUCUUCUGGAGUACAAAUACCGUGAAAUAUUUGUACUCGUUUUGAGCGUUAUUCGUUCUCUAUUGAGUCAAGUUGCAUAAAUAUAAGUUGAAAUCUAUAUGGGUCAUCCCAAUUUGCAGUCCGCUACCGACCAUCCCAGCGCGACCCAGGAGUGGCGUGAGCGACAAAUAUGUAAACUUUGGCUCCACCGCAGGCUUUCGGCCUCACUUUGUGAGGAACAACGCCAGAGGCAUUUGUUAGUCUGCGAAGGUGGCGGGAUUAGCGGGCGAGUGCUGCAUUACUUUGGGAAGGUCUGAGAGGGGUUUAGUAUUUAGUGUUAUUUGCCCACAAUUUUUAGAGUAUGCUGUUAAAUUCGCCAAUUUUUUAAUGUUUACUGUUUUCGGAGAAGGUUCUUCGGACAUCUUCGCAGUCUUCGGACAUCUUCGGUAGUCACGUCUUCAGAAAUCUUCGGCAGUCUUCGAGAAACUUCGGUAGUCUUCGGGAAACUUCUGAAAUAAUCGGAAAUUGUCGAAAAAUGGCCCGAAAACUCCUUCAUAUGCAUGUACUGAACAGAAUAAUAUUGGCGUUUUUGGAGCCGUUUUUGUUUCUUUCUGGAAAAAAUUACUGUUAUAGUGAAUUUUUCACUGUUAGGUGUUAAAAUGCCUAAACUUUAACUGUUUAAUGUCACAGAGCGAAAAAAUUAAGUGUCUAGUAUUAUCGAGGUACCCCCAUUCAGACCCUCCUUUGGCGGGUGGGGUAGCAAGAAAACUGGGGACAAGUCGAAUUUAUAGCUGACGUCAGCUGACGUAGCUGACGGGAUUAGCGGACUAGUGCUGCCAAAAAAGUACCCCGGAUAUACCAAUCCCACGGCCAGCUACGCAGGCUGAGCGCUAGCAAUUCUUUGAGCUACACACGGUAUGUAUCGAUAAAAAUGCGCGUGUUUUGUUUUGUGUUUUGGAUUUGUUGUUGUUGUUGUCGUUGCAUCAACAGAAAGCUUUUCGGACAGAUACAGCAUUAAAGCCAUCCCAGCGUUUUUUACCGCGAUCAAGAGAGGAUAAAAAAAAUUCACUAUAACAGUAAUUUUUUUCCAGAAAGAAACAGAAACGGCUCCAAAAAGGCCAAUAUUAUUCU